AUGUCCCUCUGUUUUACUCGUAUUAUGAACACACAGCCGUUGGCGAUGAAACUACGAGAAAUCAACCAAUCGGAAGACGGAGGCCGAAUGCCUAAACUCGCAUCCGCGGUCACGCACCAAUACGUUUUGAAACACCAAUCGUCACUCGUCGUCGCGUACGCGUCGGCGUGCGCUUCGGAAGUGUUUCGGAUCUUCGCGCCGGAACAACCGUACGAGAAAGAGGAGACUUUAAGAGCGGUGUACGAGAACUUUAAUCAAACUUUGGGGUGGUUGAAGUACGCGUCGUCGUCGUCGUCGAGGAGGAAGAAAGACCACGAUGAUGAGGACGAGGACGACGAGAACGAGGACGACGAGGACGAAGACGACGAGGGAGAGAAAGAAGAAAAAGAGGAGGAAGAAGAAGACGGAAAGAAGUUAAAGAAGAAGAAUUCAAAGAAGAGCACGAAGAAGAAGACGAAAGCCGACCCGGCGAAUCCUCCUCCGAAUUUAGAAAGGAAGCGAAUCUUGUUCGAACAAUCCGAGCGGUUGUUACGAAACAUCGCGCAGUACGGCUUGUGCGUGCCGGUACUCGAUUUGGAGGAUAAAUCGACGUCGGUGGAAUUGGCCAAAGAUUUGUUUGAGACGUUAUUCGACGCGACGACGGCGAAAACAGAACCGAUUAUCGGCGAAAACGUCGCGAGAGUUCUGAACACGAUGAUUGAAGAGCGCGGCGGAGGAUACGACGUGUUAGAACACUCGCCGUUACUUCCGGAGAUUUUAGAGCAAACGCUUUCCAGGUUGGUGGAACCGAAAAAGUCGCAAAAUCCAUCCGCGCACGCGUUGAGCUCGGCGUUGGUCGUUUCCUGCUCCACCUCUUUACACGUCCCGACGCAAAAGUUUCUCGUCAAAUCGAUCAGAAAUUUAGUGCCGAAAAACCACGCGUUGUUUAAUCUCUCGAAAAAGCACGCGGCUAUUUUAGAAGCGUUAGCGUCGGUCGAUGCGGCGGUUUUGAGCACCUUGUGGCCAGAACUGCACGAAGAAGCCCGAUCGGAAGAAGUCGCGCAAAGGUUAAAGGCGUGCGCGUUGCUCGGUCGAGUCUUGCGCGCGAGGAGCAGCACGAUACGCAUCGCGAACAACGGCAACUCGUUCGGAUGCAUCGCGGACGAAUACCCGCACGUGUUGAAGAUGUUCUGCGAACGCUUUUCGGACAAGGAAAGAGCCGUUCGCGUGUUUUGCUGCAACUGGGCGUUGAACUUUUUGAACAACGGCAGCGUCGGAGAAGACGCCGAAAAAACCGUCACCAACGAAACGCUCCCGUCGUCGCAAUCAUCUUCCGAUGGGACGAAAAAGACGUCGGACAACAGCAACACCAUUUCGCGCUUGUCGCCAAAACCUUCCGGUGAAACCAACGCCGCCGCGGUUCAAGUCUUUGAGCACUUGCGCCAACGCUGCAAAGAUCCCGACGAACACGUGCGAUUGAAAGCGACGGAAGUUUUGUUUGAAAUUUACUCGCGCGAAACCGAUCGAAGAGCGGUACAAUUAAAAGCCGUCAAAGAAAGCGGCGAGCGCGCUUUGCGAGACAGGAGACCAACCGUUCGUAAAGCUGUGGUUGACGGUAUGGUCAAAUGUUACAGGAACUACGCUUUGCGAUGCAUGAAGAAAGCGGAGACUUUGCGAACCGGAGGCGAGGAAGAUAGCGAACGAUUCGAUUGGAUUCCGGGGACGAUUUUAAAAGGCAUCGUCGUGCCGGACAUUGCCAUGCACGUCGUCGAACCGGCUUUGGCGAACUUGUUCCCGGCGAGCUUCCCGGCUGACGCUCGAACGACGUUUUGGUUGCGCGCGUUGAUGACGAGCGGAAGCGCUUUGGCUAAAAGUGCCGAGGACGUCGUCGACGUCGAAGAUGGUGGUAAAGAAACGACCAUCAUCAAUUACGUUGAACCGCGCGUCAGAGAUUGUUUGAAGAUGUUCUUGUACCGUCGCGAGAUCGCGAGAAAAGACUUCAAGGAAUACAUGGACGCUCGCGAGCUCGCCAAGGGAAAGACCUCCCCGAAGAACUCAGAGAAGCAAUUAUCGGAAGCGCGCGUAUUCUUCUCCAAAAACUUCCGAAACGAAGAGAAAUCCCUCAAGCUGUUAGAAACAGGCAUCGAACAAGUGAAGGACCAAAAGUUUUUCAAGUCGUUGAUCACGCUCGCGAAUUUGAACACCUCGCAAAAGGACGCUCGGCUCGCCGCGGAGGACGCCAAGAAACGCUUAGGCGAGAAGCACGGCGCGUUUCAGCUCUUGGAAGCUAUGAUUGCAAAAAUUGACCCGAGCCCGUUUGACGGCGAUCACGCGAGAUGCACCUUAAAAAUGGCGCUGAAGAACGGGAAGAAACCGACGAAGAGGAACGAAAUCGACGAGAACAACAGGCGCGUGGCGAUGUUCGCGAUGGACCACGCCAUGAUGCUCGCGGAAGCCAAUCCGUCAAUCUUUAACUCGUGCGGUGAUUUGUUCUUGAAAGCGUUAUCUGAAAACGCAGAAGUCCCGCCUUUGGUUGACGACGUGGUGACUGAAUUCACGCGCUUGUUUUCUGUUUGUGGAGGCCACAGUUUAGCCUCGGUCAAAGAGACUUCACAUUUGAGGGACUUGCUGGUAAAUACGGUGGAGCAAGGCGCGAGCGGAUGGACGCGAUCGAAAUUAGCCGCGAGAUCACUGGUUCAGUUAGCGUCAUCAUCCGGAUCGGGACAAAAGAAAGCCAACGAUGCAAACGUGGACGCGCUCGAGUCGUGCUUCUCCAAUUUACUCGACGCCUUAGCGGACGGUCGAGACGCCGAGAUGCCAAACUUGCUCGCCGCGGCGUCCGCGAUGCCGCCCGCGUUGGUGUUCAAAAACCUGGACGCAGUUGAGAACGCGUUGUUUUCUUUGGUCGAAAACGAGUCGAACGACGAUUUCUGUCGCGUCGAAGCGAUCAAGUGCUUGCGAAACUUCGCCACGUUUGAGAUGAUGAAAUCCGUCUCUUUGUCGUCGAAAUCUUCCACGACCGGCGCCGCUCUUCUCGCGAAGGUGAAACAAUUCAAGAAACGCGCCGUAGACGCGUUCGUUCAAAUUCUUGAAUCUUCGGAGAACGACGAAGUUUUACGCGCCACCGCUUUAGCUAUCCCGAAAAUUGCCUCGGGAGGAUCUGUGAGCGAAAAAGUGAUCGAUCAGACCGCUUUUUACGCCGUCGCGAAAUUUCUCUGCGACAACGACGACGACGACGAAACGAAACUGGCGUUUGUGAGCAAAAUUUCAAAAUACUCGAAACGGAAAAUGUCUUCAUUAGGCGUUCGAUGGCACGCUAUCGUCGCGUGCUUGACUGGCAACGCGUAUUCGCGAUCCGUGAGAGAUGUCGCCUCGACCGCCUGGGAAGUGUUCGCCACGAAAACGCAAAGAAACAAAUUUGAACUGUUCAACAGAGAGGCGGUGGAGUCCUCGAAAGACCCGGAAACGACCAAAUCGAAAAAGUCGUUCGCCUUUACGAGGUCGCCGGAGUACACUUUGGUGUAUUUGAUUCAUUUGCUCUCUCGAGUUCAAUUUGGUGUCACGAGCGCGAAAGACGAAGACGGAGAAUUCGACGCGUUGACCGCGAAGGACCUUCGAUUUUCCGAAGGCGUUUUCGAGCACGCCGUCCACGCGUUGUGGCCGCCGGUGGAUCGCAAAGCCGAAAAGAUGAUUGCGUUGAACUCGUUAGUCGCAUCGACGUUGAAACUCAUCCGAGGUGUCAAAACCUGCGAGGAUGCCGAAGAUGCGGACGGGAAGACGGACGCUUUAUACCUCCUCACCGACCUCUGUUUGCUCGCGUGCAAAAGCGUAUGCGCGAAAAGAGGUUUCGAUUGGAUGGACGAUCGAUCGAGCGAAAGUGCACUGUUGCAAAUUACCGCGGUGUAUCCAUCUACUUUGUACACGGUGGUUGGUAGACGCGCGAGCGGUAAACCGUUAGAGGUUGGUGGGCCGCCUAGAAUUGGCGAUUGCUCGCACUUGCCCAGAGCGUAUUUAAAAGCGCAAGCGAACGGUGGUAAAGCAUCAAAAUCCGAGUAUUAUCAUCACGAUCGCUCGAGAAACAACGCGACGACAACGGGUGCGAACAAACGUCCCGCGGCUACAGCAACUACGACGACGACGACUGCCUCGAACGCGAAAGUCACCGAUGCCUUUGGUGGUGGUAAUUUGAAGAAGCAAAAGACGUUGAAACAAACGACGCUGAAGAUGGAAAAUCCGUCGAGAGCGAUGCCGAAGAGGAAAGCGACGGGUCAAGCGAUCAUCGUGGACGAACUCUACGACUCGGACGAGUUCGAACCCGACUCGGCGGUGAAAAAACAGAAAAAGUUGGCAUUACCGGCGCCCGAGUCGAGAUUCGUUGUACCUCCGUCGCCGGCGGUUGGAUUAAAAUCGAGAAGUACGAACACCACCGGUACGACGACGACGACGACGGCGACGACGUCAUCGAAGAGUAACAGUUUGAAGCAAAAGAACGUGACGUCCUUCUUCGGCGUCGCGAGAGAAGAUUCGGACGUUGAGAACUUGCCAACUGCGAGGGGUGGUGUUCGAGAAGGUACAACCGCUUUGGCGCUCGUCGAUCCGAUCAAAAGAGGAAGGAGACGACGUUAA